AUGGAUACCGCCUCGACCUCCACGCCCGACGCGUUCACGGAAGCCUGGCUCCCGGGCCCCGACGGCACCUCAUUCUACACGCGCACGUACGCCUCCGCGCCCUGCCCCGCGCGCGCCGCCGUCGUCUUCGUGCACGGCUUCUCAGGCCACUGCGCGCGGUACGAGUGGAUGCACGGCGAGUACGCCGCGCGGGGCGUGACCGUCUUCACCUUCGACCAGCGCAGCUUCGGGCGAACGGCGCUCGACGCGGAGGAGCGCGCGCGCACCCCGGGCGCGCUCUACGGUCGGACGAGCUGGCGCGAGCAGCUGGGGGACAUUGAGUGGUGGGUGAGGCACGUCAAGGAUCGGUACCCCGGCUUGCCGGUGUUUCUCAUGGGGCAUUCUAUGGGAGGGGCGCUGGCAUUGGCGUUCGUGACGCGGAAGAGUGCGCCCCCGAGCGCGGACGCGGUGGAGAUGCUGGCGGGCGUGGUGGCCUCGAGUCCGUUCAUUCUGCGCACGAAGCCGACGGCGUGGCAUGUGCGGUGGGCAGGGUGGCUCCUCAGUUUCGUCAUGCCUAAUCUCGUCUUGCAUACACCCAUCAAUCCGAAUAAUCUGUCUCACGACCCCGUGAAGAAUGAAGCGAACUCCAAGGACCCGCGUAUCCUCCACAAAGGUUCGCUGAGGUGUCUUGAUGAUAUGCUCGGUGGUGGCGAGAAUUUGUUGCGGUACGAUCACAAGCAAUGGCCUAAAGCAAUGCCGCUUCUCAUCCUCCAUGGCUCCGCCGAUCGCAUCACGUCGCCCAAGGCUUCGCGCGAUUUCUUCGACAAGGUCGAGGCGGAGGAUAAGGAGUACAAGGUAUUCGAGGGUGGAUACCACGAAGUCAUGCGCGAGCCGAACGGAAUGAAGGAGGAGUACGCUGAGGCUAGCACGGGGUGGAUGCUAGAGAGGGCGCAGAAUUCCGGGUCGCGACCGGUGGGGGAUGGGUCCAAGCUGUGA